AUGAAUGUGGUGGGUGUGCUGUGGUCAGCGUUAGUUGUGGUUCUCCAGGUGGUAGCAUUGGCUGAAGGUCAGUAUCCUGCGGCGGUGGCCCCUGCGGUAAUUCCCCCUGCGGUGGUGCCUUUGUCGGUGGAGAGUGUUAUGAUGGAGUCGGGCGGAACGGAGCCGGUGCUAGCGGACCCUGGAGUGGUAUCGCGAGAGGCAGCAGACGUUACCAUCGUGACUUCUGUUGGCCCGAGAGGGUUAAUGUUUCACCCAUUUUGGUUGAAGAUGCUGAGCGUUCAGACUAUUCCAUUUCGAGCCGCAGUAGUUGUUAUCACAUCUGGUUUGCAAAGGGAUCAGUUAGUGCUGGAUACGAGAGUAAAAGGUUUGGUGUAUGAGGCUCACCCGGCAGCUUUGAAGCUGAAACGGGGGAGAGAUAUCCGGCAAGAGAGCGAUAGCGAAAUGGAAUCGGCGAAGAAGCUACUGAGUUUAAUGUCCGGAAUCAGCAGCCAUGCCAACGGCCUCAAUAGGCAGGCUCCCACACCCGGCUACUUCACCACCAGAUCGGCAGAGUUUUGGGAAAGACUUGCCUACCUCGAAUCAAUCCACGUCCCUCGACAGAUGCAGCGAAUUCCCAAUCUGCGAUACUACUUCUCCACCGCUACCUCCUCCACCAUUACCUCCCCCCAUUCCAAAAGCACCCUUCUUGCAGCCAGUCUGGCCAAUACCACCUUCGUUGACAUCGUCGACGACGACAGCUUCAUUCAUCCACAACGAACCCAAGUGCUCCAAGAAGCACUCAAAGACUACCAAACGAGAGGCAAGGCCUCUGACAGGACCGAUACCGCUGAGGGCAAGACGACUGACGGGAAUGUGGACGCGGUGUAUCACACAUUUGUACCGCGCACUUUCCAGAGCGUUGAAGAUUUGGAAACAUUCAAAGUCUGGAGAGGGCACACCUACCAACUAAAAAGGGUUGACUCGCCCAGCCAUAAGGGGCCUCGCAUCCCGGUCAAGAAGCAAACUUCGUCUGGGAGCCAGCAACCAGCGGCCGGCACCCCGGUCCCCAGCAUCCCGGUCCCCAGCACCCCGGUCCCCAGUACCCCGGUCCCCAGUACCCUGGUCUCCUACACGACAGCUCCCAGUACUGCGGCCGCCAUCACGGCGGCCCCCAUCACGACAGCUCCCAUUACGGCAGCCCCCAGCACAUCGUCCUCCAGCGGCGCCUUUUUGUUGCGUCCAUUACCCACGACUGUCGCAGGACCGCCUCUUGGUGGUCGGCGAUUGGGCGAAGAAGUGGAUCGACAGUUGGGUGACGAUAUGGAGCGGGUAACACCUGCAUGGGCAUUUUGGGUAGCUAGUGACGGUUUGACGGACGUAGGGGAGUGUGACACAGAGGCGAAGGCGGUGCUAGACGACUUGUACUUGUGGGCGAACCCGGACAAGCGGUUGUCAGUGCCACGAUCGAACAGGUGGAAACGGCAAGGUGUGUAUGAACGUGUAGAGUGGUCCCGUCCACCACGGAUUGCACGUGCCCCCAAUGGUACAGAAGGAGUCAACUGGCGACUACGAGAACUCACUCGUGCAGGACGGAUCAGCAUGAAGUACGACAUACCCAUCGUCUGGCCCCGUCUUUUCACCCAACCUCCUGAAGAGGCACCCUUUGACGUACGAUACCUCACCUGCCCUGAGUCGCAUUGGAAACCAAAAUGUAUGGCUAAAGGAGCCGCCCUGAUCCGCAGAGACAUCCUCCUAGACCCAACGUUUCAACCUCCCCCAAGAGACCCAGAUGUAUACUUCUUCUGGAGGCUCCUCCGCAAAUGUAGACGAGUCCAUUGGAUCGACCCCGUUCUCCAAUACAACCUUGACCCUCCCUUCGACGAAUACUAA